AUGGUCAAGCUGGGGGCCUUUCUCGGCCUUGUUCUCAUUGCUCCUACAAUUCAAGCCGCUAGGGAGCCAUCUUGCCGUUGUUUCCCGGGCGAUGAUUGCUGGCCCUCGGUUUCAACCUGGAAUACCUUUAAUCAGUCGGUCAAUGGACGUCUUGUAGCCACUGUGCCCCUCGCUACUGCCUGCCAUGCCCCUUCCUACGAUUCACAGAAAUGUAACGCCCUGAAGGAGGGCUGGCUCUUGCCUGAAGAGCACUACCAAUCCUCGUCAUCUUUCAUGGCUCCGUUCUUCACAAAUGGAACCUGCGAUCCAUACCAUCCCAUUGCCAAGCUGUGUACCUUGGGUAAUUUCGUCCGCUACGCAGUCAACGUUUCUUCGCCUGAGCAUGUGGCCAAGACAUUGAAGUUUGCGGCGAAGCACAAUAUUCGAUUUAUUAUUCGUAACACGGGCCAUGACUACAACGGAAAGUCUACCGGCGCCGGCGCUCUCUCCGUUUGGACACACCAUCUGAAAGAUAUCGAGCUCAAGGACUGGAAUGAUAGAUACUACACUGGUAAAGCUUUCAAGCUGGGCGCUGGUGUCCAGGGAAUAGAAGCCAUCGAGGCGGCUCACAAACACGGACUUCGGAUGGUCUCCGGAGAGUGUCCUACUGUUGGUGUUGCAGGUGGCUACAGUCAGGGAGGCGGUCACUCUUCCCUGUCUUCUAAGCAUGGACUCGGUGCAGACCAGGUCCUCGAGUGGGAGGUCAUCGAUGGCAAUGGCACCUUUCUGGUCGCGAACCGUAACCAGAACUCUGAUCUUUACUGGGCACUAAGUGGAGGUGGAGGUGGUACUUAUGGUGUGGUCUGGUCUAUGACCUCCAAGGCUCAUCAGGAUAGCCAUGUGUCGGGCUUGAACCUGACUUUCACCACUGACAAUAUCUCCGACAAGACCUUUUUCAAAGCCGUGGAACUCUAUAACACUUACUUGCCUUCUUUUGUCGACGAAGGAAUAAUGAGCCUGAACUUCCUUACCAAUACUUCGUUUGGCAUCACUCCCAUGACUGCACCCGGAGUUCCACUGAAGAAGCUCCAGGAACUUGUCAAGCCUUUCCUCAAUGGUCUGGACAAGCUCGGCAUCAAAUACCAAUACCACGCAGAGGAGUUUGAUGCUUACAUCGAUCAAUUCAACGCCCAAACGCCCCUUGUCGAGGUUGGAGUUGCCCAAUAUGGUAGCUGGCUUCUUCCAAGAUCAAUAGUCGAGGACCCGAAGUCCCGUCAUGAAUUGACAAAGUCCGCUCGCAAGGUCCUAGCCCACCAUGCCACCUUUACGACGGUGGGUAUGAAGGUUACCGAAGAGGUUACUGGCAACGUUGACAACGCUGUGAACCCCGCGUGGCGCAAUGCUAUUGCCCACGUCUUGACAUCCACUCCUUGGGAGUUCAAUAAGCCAGAGAAGAUGCUCGAGAACCGGAAAUUGAUGACGGAUGUGCUGGUUCCUAGCAUAAGCAACUUGGCACCCGAAUCUGGCGCUUAUCUGAACGAGGCGGAUUUCCGGCAGCCGGACUUUAAGACUGCCUUCUAUGGCAAGAAUUACGCCAAGCUGCGCUCAAUCAAGGCCAAGUACGACCCUCACCACCUCUUCUAUGGAUUGACUGCCGUUGGAUCUGAUGAGUGGACCGUCUCGGACAGUGGAAGAAUGUGUUCUUCUACUUCAUCAAAGUAA